CCUGCAAUUUGUCGCUCACUCUGAAGAAGAACAAUGAAAGUUAGCUUAGUAGAAAGGGCAUCCCUUCCAAGUCAAGCAUGAAGACAAAGGCCACUCUCUCCUUCACCUAAUUAAUUAGUAAUAUCUCUCCUUAAUCGGAAAUCUCUCUCCUUUUCUCUCCAUCACAAUCAUCUAUCUCUCUCUCUCCCUCACUCUCUCUCUCUCUCUCCCGCACACACAUUUGUGCGAUUAUUUAUCUCUAAUGUAUUUUCCGUUCACAAAUCACAAUGUUGUGCUGAUUGUAAUUUACCUGAGGUUAUGUCGAAAUCGAUGUUAAACAAUGUGUACUCGUUUGAAUCAAGUGUGUGUACAGGCGAUCUACGUGUGUCGAUUGUGUUUCAGGUUGUUGUGAUUACUUGUGAAGCGCAAUGGCGUACAGACAAGGAGUGAAAUCGAAGAAAUUGAACUCGAGAGCUGCGAAUUAGCCUUCUUCUUCGACGACAUCGUCCUCGAAUCAGUUUCCGGAGACUUCUGUGGAAGGAUUGAGCUCUCCUGCUUUUUUGACUUCGAGAAGUAAGCCCCACUUCUAUUACUCUGAGACAAUGCCCGUAGAAAUGCAGAGAUCUAAGGAAAAUGUGACUGUAACUGUUCGAUUUCGGCCUCUCAGCCAGAGAGAAAUUAAGCUAGGGGAGGAGAUUGCCUGAUAUGCGGACGGUGAAACUAUUGUGCGAAGCGGGAAUAAUUCAUGGAUUGCAUAUGGCAUAUGCAUACGACAAGGUAUUUGGUCCAACUACUACAACAUGCCAAGUGUAUGAUGUUGCAGCUCAACAUGUCAUUUACGGUGCAAUGGAAGGUCUUAAUGGCACUAUCUUUGCAUAUGGUGUGACAAGUAGUGGGAAGACGCACAAUAUGCACGGUGAUCAGAGGUCACCAGGAAUUAUACCAUUGGCUGUCAAGGACACUUUCAGUAUCAUCCAGGAGACACCAAGUCGUGAAUAUAUGCUUCGCGUCUCAUAUCUUGAAAUCUAUAAUGAGGUUCUGGACUGAUGUUGUGCAUCUGAUCGAUAAUCAGGGUCCUUUUUACUCUCUACAUUUCCAUUCAUCUUUCUGCCUUGGGGUUUAGGGUUUUUUUCUUUCUAUAUAUAUCAUUGUAUGUAUUUGUUUUGAGCAACAAGUGAUUUGUUGUCUGAGGGACAAGUGUUCUCGAACUUUCGAGAAGCUAGUCCAAGUGUUUUAUCAUUGUACUCGAUAAAAACUUUUAGUUGCCCUACCGAGUGAAAAGCUUUCGGUCAACUAACUGUAUCAUUUAAAACUUGCAGUUAAAUCA